AUGUCUCGACUUUUACCACCAAGAUUUCUCCUCCCUUCCCGUCGCUUUUUCUCACGUACUACUUGUCGAACAGCAUUCGCAACUGGUCCGUCUCCGCCACGUCUGCCACCAAAGGAACAAGAAGAAUUUGAACGUCUACAACGAUCCUCUACUGGUGCAUUUAGUACCCCAAAAACCGACGUCAUUAUCGAUUCCCCAAAAUCAACGCCUCGAGCAAAACCACAAAUCAAUCAACCACCAGCCACCACUUUGGCUGAGAAAGAGGGUAUAGAAUUGGCGGCUGUAAAUGCUAGGGUAUCUGCUACGGGAAAAGGAGAGGAAUUACAUCCGGAUAUUCGCAGAGGGGCAAAACCAGAAUUCGAAGGGGAAAUCAAUCCGAAGACUGGCGAAGUUGGUGGACCAAAGAAUGAACCUUUAAGGUGGGGAAGUUCAGCUGAGAGGGGGGACUGGAGUUAUAAUGGGAGGGUUACGGACUUUUGA